AACACGUCUUCUCAUCUUCUCAAUCCCAAAUCAAAAAAGCUAGGAUUCUGCCUCUGUUGAUCGCUGGCGCUACUACCACAAUAUGCCGAAUCCAGACACCUUUCAACUCUCGUUGUGUAUCAAUGGUUGUCCCACGUUUUGAACUUCAUUCUCUUUGUCAAUUUGUGCUUUGGUUCUUUCCAAAAGUUCAAACUUGGAGUCUCCAACAAGCCGACAGACAAGGUGACCAAGCAUGCAACAACAACAACAAUUACUAAUACGCCUCAAUCCCAAGAAAGUUGAUACGACUAUAUGAAUAUUUGCUGACCAUGCCGCUCCAAUUAGUUCAUCUUAGACCCAAUCAUAAUCUACACCUGAUUGAAUCCAUGUGCAUGAGAUUUUUAUAGACUGGGGGCAAUGAGGUGACUAAGAAAGCACAAUUAGCUUGGGAAAGAGUUUGCUAUCCUAAAUCAGCCGGAGGUUUUAAUGUUAUUGAUAUUUGCCAUCUGGAACAGGGCAGCAGUGAGUAAGCAUUUCUGGAACCCGUGAAAGAAGGAUAGAUUGUGGAUUCACACCUACUAUGUUAAAGUCAAACAAUUGUGGGAAAUUAAUCCUGCACCAGGCUUCUUGGAUGGUGACUACUAGAAGUUCUUUAUAUUUUCUACCGACAUAUAUAUCUUAGAUAGGAUUAAAAGACUCCUUACAAACAUAAGACCUAAUAAACGUACUAUCUUGACUAAAGUAUAGUCCCAACUAAUAGGUCGAGCACACAGAAGUUUAAAUUAUCCAAUGUGAUACAUUUUUUUCUGAAGUGUUUACACAUCAUCCAAGAACUCCUGACCCUUAACCAGUCAAUAAACCAAAUAUUUCUGCAAAAAAAGGUUUAUAUAAACAACUUUAAGGGGCUAUAGAGAAUUUUGUAACCUUGCUAACCUAUAUAAUAGACUUCAAAAUGAUUAGUUAGUAGGUGAUACUUUUUUGCUUAUGGUGGGAUUCACUAACUAUUACUUUUGGCUAAUCUGCUAGUACUAUUGGAGUCAUGUUAGGUAAAUAAAAAAAUCGAAACCAAGUAUGAAGGCUUUGUCACUAAAACAAAGAAUUAAGGGCAUGUAAAAAAGUGAACUAAUUGCAAGGAGAUCAUACAUAAAGAAUAAAUGUGCAAGAAACAUUAGUAACCACUAAUUUUUUCUGUACAUACUACAAAGUUAGUGCCUUGAAAGAAACACAUAUUACCUUGAUCAGGCUCUUUAAAUCUCUAGUCUGGUCAAAAGAUAGGGUGUCCAGUUGAGGAGACAUCCAAAGCAAACAAUCAACAACGUCCACAGCUGAAAAAUUAUACCGAUUCCUCAUUUUUAUGUGCAAAAUCUUAGUAGCAUAAAGUGGAGGAAGCAAGUUUUCUCUCAUGUAUUUGGGUAAAACUAUCUCCUGCACAAACAAAAAGAAGAAAUAUGAGAAAUCCAGAACCACUUCUUCAAGCAGGGGCAAGUAGACAAUUUGUUGCACGUAUAUACCUUGUCAUUCUCACAGCGCAGUGCAAUAGCCUUGGAAUGAUUAAAGUUACCAAGAGACUUCAUGAGCUUAGUGUACCAGUGAGUGUCACGGGUUUGUGGGAUCAAAUUGAGAUUAGCUUCCAGCAGAUGUGAAGCUUUCAUUUUGAACGUUGGCAAGGGAUCAACAAUAUCUUUUCCAUAAUGAACAUCAGAUGAGAAUCCUUUCGGCCACAGGAUAUAAAACAUCACCAAAAUUUGAGGAGGGGAGGGAAGUCCAAGCAUUGUUACAAGCCUUGGACAAUACACUUGUUGUGAACCGGCGCGACCUGGUAUGGGAUUAUGAGCCAGAAGUGUGCAACAAGGCCGAUCCAGUUAGUAGUAUAGUUGGUAGUAUUGGGCUUGGAGCUAAAUGGAGAAAAGAACCAAUGACUAAACACCCGAAUAGAACGUUAAGGCAUUAUAUUUGGGAUCCAGACAGUAUACAGGCAAUGUGUAUUGUGAUCAUGCUUAGGCAAAGUCUGCUUUCUCACCUCCUCUUCUGAAUAUGUCUAAUUCCUCAUCUCUUUCUGAUUACCUAUCAUAUUUCUUAAGUUGUUCUACAAUUACUGUUGUUGUUUACGUUCUAGAGCUGUAAUCUUACAGUUGUUGAGAGCAAUAUAGUAUAUAAUACUUUAGUAUUUGUGUUGAGUAAUUCAGGUUGUAGCAUUGGUGAUUUCAUCUAUCGGACUCCAACAGUGGCGAUGUUUCUACCUAGAUUCAGUGGCGACGGCAACCCGGAGAGUUGGAUUUUUCGGGCCGAGUUAUACUUCACAUACCUUGGCUUCGCCAAGAAGGACUAGCUGCCUCUUCCAACCUUCUAUCUAGAAAGUGAUGCCCUCGCGUGGUUCAAUUGGUUAUUUCGCAACCACCAAUUUUAUGAUUGGAACCAUUUCAAGGAGAAAUUUCUUAUGCAUUUUCAGAAACGGACCUUCAUUAAUUCGAGAAUGGCAGAUAUUUCACAAGCUGGGGUUGACUACGUCAAUUGUGCUACAUUGGUUCGAUCGGCGACCUAUGAGUCUGCAUCUCCCGAAAUUCAUGAACUCAACGCUCGUCUAGUUGAUGGAGAAAAGUAUGCGACUAUCGUAGAUGAGGUGUUUGAUAAAAAUCCCCAAAGUAAUGAACCUGUUGUGCAUUCUCAAUUUUCAAAGGAUGAAGCUCAAUUAGUUCCUCUUGUUGGACGAGAUUAUUUCAUGCCUCAAGAGAUUGAACAAUUUGAGAUUUUGUCUAUAGACUCUGAGGGACUUUUAGAUGCAAUGAAGAUAAACUCUGAUUCCGACGAUGGAAAAUCAGAGGAGGACCAACGAGGCUGCACUAAGGUGGAGGAAAAUUCAAGCAAUACUGCAGCUCAGGUGUUUGCUACAAAUACCACCACACAACUCAGCCAUAUUGCAACUAUGAUUUUGGAUCCCUUUUCUAGCUUGAUCCCAGAUGUUAAGUUUCCUGUUGGUCGAAUACUUGUUGUGCCUGUUAGUGUCAAUUUGGACGAUUGUCGUAUGCUUGAUACUUGUUAUUGCUGUCAAACGAGGGCUUGUGCAUCUCUCCACUAUGUGUCUAGAUCAACUAUAGGGACUAUUCUAUUUUAUAGUUGUGUGGACAAUUGGUUCGACACAGGGCAAGAUUUCAAGGCUGAUGUAUAUGUACUUUUAUCUGUUCAAUCUGAAGAUCUAACUCACAUUUUACAUGAGGAACCAUGGCUGCUACUUUUUCUUAGUUGUGAGUUUGUCCUGCAGCAUGAUAAGAAGUUCACGAUGGCUAAUGAGGUGAUAGUUUUGAGUUGCAUAGUAUUGCAUUUGGAGUGGCUAGUGUGGCAGAUUGUUGAGGUUGUAGGAAUUUCUAAUAUCAGCUAUUCAUGUGAUGCAAUUGGUUUACUCGUACGACGUGGAAACCUUGAAUGGCAUAGUGGACCAUCAUCUUCUGAGGACAUGUUUUCUAUGCACCUUGUGCUGGAACUUUGGGCAGGAGGGGACCUGUUUGAUGGAACCAUUGCCCUCGGAUAUUCGUUAGUCAAAGAAACUACUGAUAUUUUUGGACAGCUUCUAACUGUAGUCCGUAAUUACCAUUUCAUGGGUGAUGAUCGUUGGAAUCAAUCAUUGGCUGGACACUCCGGAAAAGUUUACCCUCAACGUGGACUUGAGCUUGCUCAACGUUUGGAGGAGUUGCCUUGUACUCUUUCCGCUUGCAUUUGUGACCAGUUUAUAAAGAGAAGUACAUUUGACUCAUGUAGUGCACUUGAUCAUGCUACACCUCUUAUAGAUUUACAUCAAUUUUUCCUUGAUCAGUUCGGAUUAUAGUUUCCAUUUGAUCCCGGUGAGUCUGUUCUUCCAUCCAUUAUGUUCGAAAGCUUGGAUAUACAUUUCAAUAUACCCCACAACUUGCCUAGUGCAUUGUAUUCUGUUGCAGUUGGCCUCAAUGGUACUAUGGAAGGUGGCAAGCUGUCUAAUGAAAUGUCCAGUUGCAUGAUGGAUGUACUAACUGUUCCACCUCGGCCACCACGACCACUUCCAAAAUCGCAUUUCUUGGCCCAAGUCUCGCAUUCUGUUGCAAUAACAACAAACCUCAACUCUAAUGGGCUUGUCAUAAUUGGUGUGGAUGAUUCCAAUAUAUAUGCUCGUCUUCUUGCUGCAAACUUAAGUAGUAAAACGCAACCUGCAGCAACUGCAUUUGCUGCCAUAUUACAGGAGCGAAAAGUAUUAAAAUUAAGGAGUGGCUAUAAGGUGAAGCUUCACUCUGUGCACCUUGCUGCUUACACAUUUUAUGGUGUCAUUAAAAUGAUAGAGUUGGUUGUACAUCAUAGGUUUCAUCAUGGCUUAGGGCAUGCAUUAGUGUAUGUUAUCCUCUUGAACAAGUAUGUGAUUGCAGGGCAGGUUAUCAUUGAACUCAAUUUGAUAAUGCUGAUAAAUUUUACUGUAAACCAAAUAGAACAUGGUUGGUUGAUAGCAGUAGCAAUGGAGAAAUUUGGUGAAGAGAAAACUGCUAAAAUUGUUCAUCUGUACUUCAAGAUGGAUAAUUCUAGCUUCGACGGGUCCGAGCAUGUUAAGAAGUGUUGUAUGUCUUAUGUUUCACAUGCUUUUGGAGAUCCUUUUGAUCAUAGUAGUACUCUUGAGAGAUUUCUUGGCAUCCAAUUAUCUGAGACUAUUACUAACAUUGUGGCGUAUCAUAUGACUAUUUCAUUUGAUAGAGAGGGAAAUGCCUCUACUAAUACCAAGAAGGUUUUCAAUUGGCCAGCAAUUUCGUCGGUGCAAGCUAGUCCACUUGUUCUUGUCCUUUCAUCAGGAAUUGAUGCUGAAAGAGAAUGGAGUGAAAGGGGCAUUGCAGCUAUUGUUGGCCAUAUAUGUGCGGCGUUGUUAGAAAGUACAACAAAUUCCCCUCAUGUUGCUGAGAAAGUUUAUGGGACAGGCAAUAUUGCUUCUAAGAUCAGAACCAUGCCAUAUGAAAGCUUGAAUGACAUCAUUAGGUGCUUUGUGUUUUUGAACACAUCUCCAAUUAUUACACAUUGUUGUCAUGUUAUCUUGAACAAAGUGGUUAUUCUACAGAAGUUAGGCGAUAAUGAUGAAACCAAGUCGACACUACCCCCAAGCUGCCAACCAAACUAUGAUAUUGUUCCUAGUGGUUUUUGCCUAUCGCAGCCAUGGAUUUAGCUCUCGAAGUUGCCUUCCUGACUUGAACCUUAGAGGACAAGGUUCUUUUUGUGGGUGGAAGUAUUGUUGUGAACCGGCGUGACUCGGUAUGGGAUUAUGGGCCAGAAGUGUGGAACAAGGCCGAUCCAGUUAGUAAUAUAGUUGGUAGUAUUGGGCCUGGAGCUAAAUGAAGAAAAUGCCCAAUGACUAAACACCCGAAUAGAACGCUAAGGUAUUAUAUUGGGAUCCUGGCGGUAUACAGGGCAUGUGUAUUGUGAUCAUUCCUAGGCAAAGUCUGCUUUCUCACCUCCUCUUCUGAAUAUGUCUAAUUCCUCAUCUCUUUCUGAUUACCUAUCAUAUUUCUUCAGUUGUUCUGCAAUUACUGUUGUUGUUUACGUUCUAGAGCUGUAAUCUUAUAGUUGUUGAGAGCAAUAUAAUAUAAAAUACUUUAGUAUUU